AUGUCUGGCUUCCCCGAAUUCCCCUCCUUCACAAAGACUUGGCACAACAAGCCUUAUGCGUCUAUUUCUCCUUCACGCCCCGAGUUGAGCGCAAAAGGCAAAUUUGUGGUCGUUACGGGAGGCGGCGUUGGCAUCGGCGUUGCCAUUGCAAUUGCGUAUGCUCAGGCUGGUGCUAAGUUCGUCGCCAUCCUCGGCCGUCGCCUCAACGUCCUCCAGGAGGCCGCCGAGCGGAUCCGUUCUGCCAACCCAGACGGCUCAACCACUGUCUUGUUCGAGACAGCGGAUGUUGUGAGGCGUGACUCGUUGGCUGCUGCCUUUAGCGCCUUUGCCAGCAAGACCGGCGCCAAAAUCGACAUCCUUGUUAGCAACGCUGGCACCUUGCCCGAUAUGUCCCCCGUCCUCUCCUCCAAAGAAGACGCUAUUCGCGAUGGUCUUCAGACUAAUGUCAUCGGGGCUCUCAAUGUUGUGCAGGCGUCUCAACCCUUUCUUGCUUCGAAUGUUACCAUCAUUAACGUAUCCUCUGGGAUCGGUCACAUGCAGGCCGUACCCGGCGGUACCUGGGCUUACGCUGCUACCAAAAUUGCUGUGACCAAGAUGUUCGAUUACCUGCAGUUUGAGAACCCUGACAUGCACAUUGUCAAUAUACAGCCAGGUGUCGUGGCUUCGGACAUGAAUACCAAGCACGGCGCGCCACCCCAGGAUGAAGCCGAGCUUCCUGGUCAAUUUUGUGUUUGGCUUGCUUCCAAGGAGGCCAAGUUCCUCAAGAAUCGCUAUGUCUGGGCCAACUGGGACGUCGAUGAGCUCAAAUCCCGUGCUCAGGAAAUUGAGAGUUCAUUCCUGUUCAAGAUCAAGCUCGAUGGCAUGGAUCUAUAA